CCUCAGGGUGGUAAGUACAUUGGCAAGACAUCAUCACACAGUGUCUGUCCGGUUGUGGACACUGAUCUCACCGGGGACACUUAGACACCGGGACAGGCGGGACACUUCUUCUUUGAGCUGAAACGUUAAUCCCGGAAGUUGUAGUUCUGAGGAGCCGAGUGAACAUGGGGUAGCUCAGGUGGACAGUUUGACAGGCUUCACGAACUUCAGUCCCCGGGACACACUCCGUCAGGCUGAAGUCCAGAGGGUCGGUCACACAGGAGCACAGAGAGGAGGAGUGAUUUACUUCGUGCUGUCCGGAGACACGUUCGGUCGCGUUGCGCUCACUAGAGUCGUGUUUCCAAUGGAGAGCUCCUCUGUGUUUGGUGUUCGUCUGCCCCUGAAGCAAAGGUACUUUCUGCUGCUCUGCAUCGCUGCGGGAGCCAUCAUCACUUAUCACAAGUUCACGAGGAAAUACCCUGUUGAAAUCAAGAGAAUGAGCAGGGUGGCGGGUCUGACAGCCAACACGUCCCAGUUCACUCUGGAGGGAAAACCCUUCCGCAUCUUGGGGGGCUCCAUCCACUACUUCCGUGUCCCAAGAGCCUACUGGCAGGAUAGACUGAUGAAGCUGAAGUCUUGUGGCCUCAACACCCUCACAACAUAUGUGCCAUGGAACCUCCAUGAGCCUGAGCAAGGGGUGUUCAACUUUGAGGAUCAGCUGGAUUUAGAAGCCUUCCUCCACCUCGCAUCCAGCCUGGGCCUCUGGGUGAUUUUGCGCCCAGGGCCCUACAUCUGUGCUGAGUGGGAUUUAGGGGGACUACCCAGCUGGUUGCUACGGGAUAGAAACAUGAAACUGAGAACGACAUACCAGGGAUUCACCGACGCGGUCAACGCCUUCUUCGAUCAACUCAUCAAGAAAGUUGUUCCGCACCAGUUCUCCAAAGGUGGCCCCAUUAUCGCAGUACAAGUGGAGAAUGAAUACGGCUCCUAUGCUAAGGAUAAAGAAUACAUGCCAUUCAUCAAAGAGGCGUUAUUGUCAAGGGGCAUCACAGAACUGCUGAUGACCUCCGACAACAAGGAAGGACUAAAGCUUGGAGGAGUGAAAGGAGCUCUUGAAACCAUCAAUUUUCAGAAAUUGAACCUGAAUGACAUUAAGUAUUUGGAUGAAAUACAGCCUCAGAGGCCUAAAAUGGUGAUGGAAUACUGGUCGGGAUGGUUCGAUCUUUGGGGGAACCUUCAUCACGUGUAUACAGCAGAGGACAUGAUACCUGUGGUCACAGAGAUACUUGUAAUGGACUUGUCCAUCAAUCUCUACAUGUUCCAUGGAGGGACAAAUUUUGGCUUCAUGAAUGGAGCAUUUGCUGUUGGAAUACCGGCACCUAAACCUAUGGUAACAAGCUACGAUUACGAUGCUCCAUUAUCCGAGGCUGGGGAUUACACCUCCAAGUACCAUCUUCUGAGGAAUGUAUUCAGCCACUACCACAUCCACCCUCUCCCUGAACUGCCUCCUCUCCGGGAGAGGAGAGCGUACCAGCCUGCUGUCGUCCAGCAGCACCUGUCUCUGUGGGACAUUCUGCAUUUCACUGACAAGCCGUUGAAGUCAGAAAAGCCAAUAAACAUGGAGAAUCUCCCUGUCAACAAUAACAAUGGUCAGUCGUACGGCUACACGCUGUAUGAGACCAUCAUCACCAGAGGAGGACUCCUCAACUCGAAGAACAACAUCAGAGACAGAGCGCUGGUUUUUGUGGACAAAAUUUUUGUUGGUGUCCUGGAUUAUAAAACACAAGAGCUGGCACUUCCUGAUGGGAAGGGAAGAAGAACUCUAGGUUUACUGGUGGAGAACUGUGGAAGAGUGAAUUAUGGGCAAACUCUGGAUGAGCAGCGCAAAGGUCUGGUCGGAGAUAUCGAGUUAAACAAGGAGGUCCUACGAGACUUCAUUAUUCAUAGUCUGGAUAUGAAGCCAGGCUUCCUUAACAGAAUUGAGAAUUCAGGCCACUGGAAGUCUAUGCGAGAGCAGCAGUCCUUCCCAACCUUUUUCCAGGCCAAACUCUAUGUGAACGGUUCUCCUAAAGACACCUUCAUCAAACUCCCUGGAUGGAGUAAAGGAGUCAUCUUCAUCAAUGGCAAGAAUCUUGGACGCUACUGGUCCAUCGGUCCUCAGCAAACUCUCUAUGUCCCUGGUCCCUGGCUUCACAGGGGAGACAACCAGGUGUUACUGUUUGAAGAGCAGGAAACAGAUGGUAAGGUCCUGUUCACCACCACCCCUGACUAUGGCAUGGCUGUCGAUGUCUAGUAUGGACUGGUGGGCGGAUGAGGAGAGGAGGACGAUGGGAGAGUAGCUGGGAAGGUCAGAACUGAAGCGUCAGCCGCGAGUUGGAUCUACACGGGCACCCCACACGUGGCCGACACCAGCAACAACCACAAGUGAUACGUCAGUAAACGUGACAUUUGGUGUUCUACCAGAAGACGCAGCCGCAUUAUCCGCUUCCUCACAUCAACUUCUCAUUUUAGUGACUGUACUCAUGACACUCUGUUGAAUAAUUUCUAUUCAGUUUAGCAACAGUAUCAUUAACGUCCACUUAUACACUCCAUAAUUUGAGACCAAGAGACUGGGAAAGAGAAUGAUCUUGAUUAUAAUGAAGUGUUAGAAACUCUCCUUCUUCACAGACUUAAUUUAUACACUUCAUCCAGACUGUAUUCAUAGAAUGUGUGAAUAAAGACUGCUGUGACCUCUGUGUCAGUAGUCAAGGCCAACGAAGCCCCUGAACUGCUUUAUUUAUCCCACAUACUGUGAGCCUGUUUGCUUGGUUGCUUUUUCAAAUUUACCUUCGUAUUAAAUGCUGUGAGCUCAUGCAGAGGAGUCAAUCUUGCAAGCUGUGUUUGAAAUCUUUUUUUAAAUUCUCAUCUGUUGUCUGUAGCGCCAACCAGCCUGGAAACCGACACAAAUGUGUUUUUUUAAGGACUGAUGCCAUGGUGAUACUGUGCUGUCACAUUUGAAAACUAGUAAGUGCAGGCUAAUGACAUGAUAUGCAUGAGUAAUUCCAAUUUAAGAGGUUGUCAGGUUUCCCAUGCUGCUGAAAUCCUGGAGUGGAUUUCGUCAAAUAAUUCAUUAAAACAAAAUUUACAGAAAACAUGAAACACUGAAUAUAGUACAGUCCACAUGUCUGACCUGGCACGUGAUAAAAUGCUGUUAAAUACAAUGUAAACUGACUUCAAAUGAAAUUUUACAUGAAUUACAAAACAUCAGUAACUGCAUGAAUACAACAAAUGCUCAAGCAAAACUUACUUGUUUUAAGUACCUACAUAAAGAAAGGGUUUGCACUUUGGUUAUAUAUUUUUUUCCUCCUUAGGCAGACGUUUUUAAUACUUUCUACCUUGAUAGCUAUGUUUUUUUUUUUUCCAUAUCAUCACAUUUUACAAGCUAAUUUAGUAAAUCACCAGUGGGAAACUAGGUAGUUGUAACAAAGACAUUUUGAAUGUACGAUCUAUCCAUCUAUUCCAUCCACUUUAGGUUUAACGGCUGUGCAAGAAAAUAUCAAUUAAUAAUACAAAUGGAUCAAUUUGUAAUUGUUGAGUGUUAUUUUUAUUAAAAUUUUUCAACUGUU